AGAAAGAGUAGGUUUAUUUAUUUUUUUGGCUCAAAACGGAAGUGUCGAAUAUUUUAUGUGCGGAGUUGUAUAUGUCUGCUAAUAUGCAGCAGAUGUUUUGCCUCGUCAAUUCUCAACACCCAUGUUUUGGAACGAGACGGAUUUGUUAGAGUUAAAGGGCACAGAUAUUGUGGCCAAGAUUGGUAAGGAAGAUGCCGAGGCAACCUAUGAGCGAGAUGUGAAGCCCUUUGUCGAGAAAUAUUCAGACAUCUUUGACAAGGAGAUUCAUAAUUUGGAAUUGUAUCAUACAUGUGGUUCUUUAAUCAUGGCCUAUAGUUUCAAUGAUGAGCUUCAAAAGGAAGAAGAGUCUGAUGAUGAUGAAGAGGAAGAAGAAGAGGAGGAGGAGAAUGUGUUGAUUUCGAUGGUACCUAUGGCAGACAUGUUGAACCACAAGACGGGAUUCAAUAACGCCCGCUUAUUCCAUGAACCCGAGAGUUUACAGAUGCGAGCCAUCAAGGAUAUUAAAGAGGGAGAGCAAAUUUAUAACACUUAUGGUGAUUUAUGUAACGCAGAUUUGUUACGUAAAUAUGGAUUUGCAGAUGAUCAAAACGAAUUUGAUAUUGUGGAGAUUGAUGGUCCCUUGGUCGUUGAGUCUUGUUGUCCUGAUGCCCCCAAAGAACUUGUUGAACAAAAGAUUGAUUUUUUGAUGGAGGAAGGCGUAUUUGACGAAUGUUUUGUAAUUGAUUCCGACCACGAAAUUCCACCCGAAUUGAUUGUUUCAGUGCAUGUGUUGCUAUCCUCCGCCGACGAGUUUGAAACAAUGGUAGAGAAACAAAAGUUACCCAAGCCAAAAUUAACGGCCUCGGUCAAGAAAGUAAUCGAGCACAUUCUUCACAAGCGAUUGGAAGAAAGAUAUCCCACCACGAUGCAGGAGGAUGAGGCUGAAUUGGGAGAAUUAAAGGAAAUGAGUAAUAAGCGAAAUGCGCUAUUGGUUCGUGUGGGAGAGAAAAAGAUUUUACAGCAAACACUAGAUGCAUUCAAAUCUUUACCCGUGGCUCUUGAUAAGAAGCGUCCUUCCUCUCAACUUGACAACAAACAACAAAAAAAGUCCAAAAAAUAAUUUCUCC